AUGGCAUCUGGCUAUUCCCUUUGGAUGACGACCAGCCAACGUCCUGUGAUAAACUGUGUUUCCCUACGAGAACUUCACUUAAAGGGUGUGAGCAUAGGUGAAGAGGUACUCCAUGAUUUAUUGUCGUCUUGUACCUUGCUUGAGAAGAUAGCGCUUAUAGAUUCUUGCAAGGAGUUCAAGACUCUGAAGGUUAAGAACCUUCCUCGUCUUUAUGAAUUACGAAUAGCUUUGGAUGCUGCAAGCUCUACUGCUUUGGAAGUCAGUGAUGUCCCAAAUCUUGACUUGUUUAGCUGCGAUCUACAUGGUUUGCGACCAUAUAUGCCGCUUAUUCCAUUCAACGCCCAUUCAGUAUUCUUAACAAGCAACGUGAGACAAUUAAGGUUAGAUGUUGUGAUACAGGACUACGAGUGUCUGGACAUGAUCAAAUCGGGACUUCCUUUUCUUGAUAGUUUUGACACUUUUUAUGAGAUAUUGGAUGUUGGGAAGCUUCCAUUUCACAUGUGCUUCCAUCAAGAGGUUGUGCUUGAUGUCGUGCAAAAGCAACCUAAUCGACAUACAAUCUCGUCUCUCAAACACACCACGAUUACACUCUCACUCCCCCUUCCGGUUGAUGCUAAUUUUUUUCUUAAGAUGAGGGAAACACUCACGUUAUCACGCAAGUGCUACCUUUCUAUAAUAACUGCCUACUUCAAGGAGGUGGUGCACGAGGAGGAGGAGGAGCUGCCAUUGGACAUCGACAUUGACAUCGAUGAACUAAGAAAAAGGCUCUUGUUUCCUCCUGCUAGGAACGUGCAACAAAUGUCGUUUCAAACGGGACGCGAUCAAUGCAUGUGGGAACGAUCCCUUUUUUUUGAUGCAUUCUUUGAGAUUUGCCAUCCCGAGCACGUAUUUGCAAACUCAGACAUCCGCUUCAGAAACAACAACCAUUUUCGUAGGCUCAUGCUGAGGGAGGUCUUGGAGAAGAAGACCAAACCCACGGAUUGA